CCGCACUGCUCACUCAACAAACGUGCUCUGGGCGAGGCGGCGGUCCCCGCUUGGCCCGUCACCGCGAUGGGAAUUAGCACAGCGUUCUUUGCGAGACAAGCCCUUAACCCUUACUACCUGAAACCGCUCCAUCUGUGGACCCAGACUAUAAAACAUUGCAGUUGAGCUGCUUCUCUUCCCCCACAGUGCAUGAGAAGGAGGAUGAAGAGCACAAACACCCAGAGAUGAGAAGUGUUUGUCUUGUCAACUUGGACAAGGGCGUUUGAUUGAUCCUCAUCUGAGUUCUGUACAUCUACACAAUGUCCGCCAUGUGUAUUUCUGCAGUGGUCCUGUGGACAUUGGUAGUUGAAAUCUCAGCACGAGUCUUGUCCACAACUCACCCGGCUGACCUGCCCCUCCUGUCUUCCCGCCACUAUCAAUACAAAGACCCAGACUCUGGCUUCCAGCUGGUCUGUGACAAGUGCCCGGCAGGUACCCAUGUGUCUGCCCACUGUUCUUUAAAUGCUGUGAGGGAGUGCAGCCCCUGCCCUGAAGGUACUUUCACACGGGGUGAAAACGGCGUUUCACAAUGCCAUCACUGUCGGACUCAGUGUCCUGUAGGCCAGAUUGAGAAACUACCCUGCACUGCCACACAAGACCGUGUGUGUACGUGCCCACCAAACAGCUUCCUGUCGAUGGAAGGUGGCAAAGAGUGUAAGCAACAUUCGCUGUGCCCUCCUGGGACAAGGGUGAAAAAGCGUGGUAGUGAAACAGAAGAUGUCAUUUGCAAGCCUUGCACCAAAGGAACAUUCUCCGAUUUGGAAUCAAGUGCUCUCAAGUGCCAAGCCCAUUCGAAUUGUAAAGCUCAGGGGUUGAUGCUGCUCAAAGUGGGAACAAGAGAGACUGAUAAUCUUUGUGGACCCCCAUCUACAUCCCAUUCAUCUACAUUUUCUUCCACAACCACUGCACAAAGACAGAAACUAGUGACAUCGGAAUCUUCCUCAUCAACAUUAGACCACAAAGGCAUUAACAGCCGGUCAGCUGCAAUUCAAGUAAGGGAAAACCAAGAAAGGAAACUAGAGGUCAAAAUAUUCAGUAAUGCUCAAAGCACCAGUCCAGCAAUCUAUGACUCUCAGACUUCACCUCCAAUAGCCCGGAAACAUCUGGUGCAUCACAAGCAGCAGUGGGACAAAACAAAAUCAGACCCUUUGCAUGGGCCUAAAAAGAGGACAGUGGAAGGAUUCGAGGGUUCAGAGGUCAGGGUUGGGAUUGGAAUCAAUAAAAUUGAUGUGGUGUCAAACAGAGACAGUGUUUCCAAUUUUAACCGUCCCACGCGAAGAGGAUCCCCUCGGCCGAGCCCUCAUGAUCACUUUGAUAUUAACGAGCACCUCCCCUGGAUGAUUGUCUUGCUGCUUCUGCUCGUACUGGUGGUCAUAGUAAUGUGCAGCGUGAAACGGAGUUCCCGUAUGCUUAAGAAAGGACCCAUGGAGGACCCGAGCAGUAUCGUGGGGAGGGCAAUCCAAAAGAAACCAUCUCUGCCUCCCACACAGGUUAAAGAGAAGUGGAUCUAUUAUUCCAAUGGACAAGGUGUGGACAUUCUAAAACUGGUUGCAGCUCAGGUGGGGCCCCAAUGGAUUGACAUUUAUCAUUCGCUGGCCAGCGCCACUGAGCGAGAGGUUGCCGCCUUUUCCAGCGGCUAUUCGUCAGAUCAUGAGCGGGCAUACGCUGCUUUGCAGCACUGGACCAUCCGAGACAGUGACGCCAAUCUGGCCAAACUGAUAAAUGCCUUGCACCGACAGCGCCGUAUUGACAUAGUGGAGAAAAUCAGACUGGUCAUGGAGGACAACCCGCAGUUUGAUAUAAACCAGCUGAUGACGUCUGUGAAUGUAAGCCAAAGCCUAAGUCCCAUUCACAAGCCUCAAGAAUCUCCCAUCAGCAUUGGCGGCACUGCAACAGGUGUGGAGCAGUCGCCAGUGGAUCGUACCAAAGGUUUUUUCCACGAUGAGUCAGAACCACUGCUUCGUUGCGAUUCCACCUCCAGCAAAGACUCCGCUCUUAGCAGGAACGGUUCAUUUAUCACUAAAGAGAAGAAAGACACAGUGCUCCGGCAAGUACGCCUUGACCCUUGCGACCUUCAGCCUAUUUUUGACGACAUGCUGCACAUCCUGAACCCGGAGGAGCUGCACGUUAUCGAGGAGAUCCCUGCUGCUGAAGACAAGCUGGACCAGCUUUUUGAGAUUGCCGGAGUUAAAAGUCAGGAGGCCAGUCAGACGCUUUUAGACUCGGUGUACAGCCACCUCCCUGAUCUUUUGUAGGCCAAGUAGAAGACAGAGUUAAAGUCAUCAAAUGUCACCCAGUCGAUCAGAUUGCGUACGAGUUGGAUCUGACAAAGUGAUCCCGCUUAAGUUUAAAUCUGUCCAAUAAUGACUUUGUUUCAUGCUUUUUUCACUGGGUUCGAUCUUUAUUCCUUUUAAUGUUUGUUCUUUGUUGUUCAUGCUGAACCAUAUAACAGGGUCAAAGUCAAUACUUGGUGUAAUCCCUACAAAAUGUAUUGGAAAGACUCAGAGUUUUAUAAUGUAGCAAACCUCAAUACAGCAGAUAUGGCUCCAAAACAUGUUGCCAAACAACUCCGAUACUACAGUUUUUCCCAAUUGCUAAAACACAUUUCACAAAACUUCCCUCCUUUUUGCCCACAUUUUAAACUUAUUUUCUAAAGCUAGUUGAACAAAACCUCACCCUGUCUGUUCAAAACUCAAAUUUUCACACCAAAACAGCUGCUUAAAGCCUGCAAAUGGUUAGACAUCGUCACAGGCGACAGCAUAUGUAACAGCUGAAAACACAAUCAUAAGAGUGUGAGAAUGUUUUCUUUUCCACAACUGUCAGAGUGCAGUUUCAGAAACCGUACAGUAUCGCUUCUUAGAAUAUUUUACUGUAGCUUGGGCAUUCAUAGAUUUGCGGGUUUUAUAUGAACAAUAGGUAAAUCCACAUAAUACAGGAUGUACACUACUGUGCUAUAUCACAACCAAACGAGGAUGCAAUACACGUGUACAGUAUGUAGAUGAAAGGCAUUACUGUCAAGAUCAACUAAAUUCAAGCUCCAUUCCACACAACAGUAUUCAUUGAAAACAAUGCUAAGGGUGUGAUGAUUUUUUAUUUAUUUUAUGUAAGAAAGUGCGCAUGUGCACACAUGGACUAGCAGACGCACACACGCCUACUAACAUGCAUGCACGUACGCGUAGUCACAAACAGGCGUACACACGCACGUAAACACGCGCAUGCACGCACACAAACAACUACGCACAUUACAGAAUCAGAAUUCCCUUUAUUGUCAUUUCAUAAUUAUUUGCUGAUUGAAAUUGUAGCUUCUCGCUAGUGUAUCACAGUGUAGCAAAAAAGUGAGUACACCCCUUGCAUUUCUGCAGAUAUUUAAAUAUAUCUUUUUCAUGGGACAACACUUACAAAAUGACACUUUGACACAAUGAAAAGUAGUCUGUGUGUAUAAUAGAGUUGAUUUAUUUUCCCCUCAAAAUAACUCAAAAUAUAGCCAUUAAAGCGGAAAUGUGAAGUAAGGUUGGCCAACCAUGUUCAAUAUCAAUGGCUAAACAGUUAUAAGCAUAUUUUCGUUAUGUUUUUUUUAACGCAACCCUUCCAGAUUCUUUGUUUAACCCAUAGGAAUACUACAUAGUAUUUCGUUUAAAAAAAAAAAAACGA